CGAGUCGCUCUGCUGGUUUAAGCUGCAGCAGGUCAACAUAUUGAGCGCAGGAGGCGGUGCGCCAUGGGCUGAGCCUAUUUGCAGGGAAAUGAGCUGAGGACUGGGAGCUGCUCAGUUGUCGUGAUUUCUCCCGAUCAGGAGCCGGCGGGCCUCAGACAGACAUUGCGACACGUGGAAAUGUGCGUCCGGCAGGUCAUCGGGGUGGAUUAGCCUAAGCGAAGCAGGUCUGAUCCAUUUUUUUUUAUUUUUUAUUUUCCCACUCCUCGGAACCUUGCGAUGCGCUCUGUAAAGGAAGCGGGUUUCACACACAUCCGGAAAACGCAUCCAUGCGCCACGGCCGCCCCGCAUCCAGAUAUGCUCCUGGCAACACAAAGCCUGGCUUCAGUUAGCUCCACUACAGAACCGCACGGCAUGGGUGCGUCCGCCCGGUCUGUGCGCUUGAUUUUGCGGAUGAACCUUCUGAGUGCCGUUAUGCAAUGAGACAGUCGGGGAUGAUCAAAUAAGACUAUUGAUACAUGAUCUGACAAUAUGGCUGAUCAGAGCAACAUUCAGUCUGCCGCCUCUAAAAGCAUCCGGCCUUUUAAAUCCAGCGAAGAAUACCUGUAUGCCAUGAAGGAGGACCUGGCUGAAUGGCUGAAGACCCUCUAUGACCUGGAUGUCACUGCGGAUAACUUCAUGGAUGCUUUAGGGACGGGCUGCGCCCUGUGUCGGCACGCCAACAACGUGAACCGCGCCGCGCAGGAAUUCCAGUCGGAGUACCCGGAGGCUGCCAGGUCCAUGAAGGUCCCGUCCAAAGAUGUGGUGUUCCAGUCCAGAAACGUCAUCCCCGGCUCCUUCCUGGCUCGGGAUAAUGUGUCCAACUUCAUUACAUGGUGCAGGCAGGAGCUGUGGAUCAAGGAUGUCCUCAUGUUUGAGACUAACGACCUGGUGGAGAGAUGCAACGAGAAGAAUUUCAUCCUGUGUCUGUUGGAGGUGGCGCGGCGGGGGUCCAAGUUUGGCAUGCUGGCCCCCAUGCUGAUCCAGCUGGAGGAGGAGAUCGAAGAGGAGAUCCGGGAUGAGGAGAGCCUUAGGGUGGAUGGAGGAGAGCCAGCUGAGGAAAGCUCACCCAGCAGGUGUUACAGCAGCAGGGAGAGCUGUCAAAGUGUGCAGGAUGAAAAAGAACCGGAUCCAGAGCCCUACCUCUGGCCACAGAAGAGGGUUUUAUGUGACAUGAGAAAUUUGGAUGAGCUGGUACGUGAGAUCCUUGGCCAGUGUUCCUGCCCAGCUCAGUUUCCUAUGAUUAAAGUGUCCGAGGGGAAGUAUAAAGUAGGAGACUCCAGUGCGCUGAUCUUCAUCAGGGUCCUUCGGACUCAUGUGAUGGUGCGGGUCGGAGGGGGCUGGGACACAUUGGAGCACUAUUUGGACAAGCAUGAUCCAUGUCGCUGUGCUGCAUUCGCUCACCGCUACCACCAGGCUAAAGCAAGUGGCCAAUGUCAGGGAGCCCAGAGCAAGUCGUCUAGCGCUCACUCAUCCCGCUCCACCAGCCCUGGGCCACACUGGAGGAAUGAGGGCAUUUCUACUUAUAAACCCACUGACAGGCGCUCCUUGGAGCCUGCUCAGAGCGCCGCCUCCUCCUCAUCUUCUUCAUCCACACGCGCUGGUAGAUCCCAAAACUCCUCUGUCCGUACAGAGGUGGACACUGCUGGACCUCGAUCUCUGCUCCCUAAGCUGCCAAGAGAUCGCUCAGAACCGCGACACUUUAAUCCUCUCAGGAAUAAAGAAACUAUGACAAGACGUCUCUCAGGAGACAGUGAUUCUUCUACUGCCUCCUCCAAAGGAGGAGGAGGAGGGCGGCAGUCACUUGGUGGACCUUCACGGUGCUCCGGUGAACAGGUGGUACUGCUUGUUAACCGUAAGGAAGGGAAGCAUAUGAUUGAGAGGGCAGGCGCAGGAAAUGAAACCCCGGCCAAACGUUCAUCAACGCCCCGUGCACGCAGCCAGUCACGGGAGCGUUCUUCACUUCCACCAACACUAAAACCCAACCCACCAAUGGGGUCCUCAGAUGGUACACGGGCGUCUCGCACAGACAGAGGGCGCUCUUGUGGAAAUGAAGGCCAGAGAAGGCUCCAUGUUCCUCGUUCUCAUAGCCAGAGUAAGUUAACCUGCAGCUCUUUGUCGACUGAAGGCAGCCCUGCACAUAGUUCCUCUUCUAGAACCUCUCAGCCCCCACCUGUAGCAAGACAGGAUGACCUCCCUAAACAGGUAGCCCAGUCUUCUCCCAGAAGGGGUGUAGGUCUCAGCAAGAAGCAAUCCGUCUCUUGCACUAACUCGCCUGUUAAAGGACUCCAAAGCAACAACAGUCCCAUUAAGAAAACUGCUUCUGCUCUUAGACCUCAAACACCCCCAUCAACAGGAAAAGGGAAACUUCUACCCCCUGUCACCUCUGGAGGGCGUCGUCCACCACAAUCAUCUCCUCAUAACUCUAACAACCAGUCCGCCCGCCCCCCUCGGCUCUCACAGGCUUCCCAAUCUGCUAUGCGAGGCCAGCCUAAAAAAGUCUCUCACCUGGAAUCCCAGGAGGCCUUAGAGGAGGGGCUUGGGUUAGGCUUCCAGAUGCUGCCACCUUUGGACGCCCAGAAGGAACAGGACCUCUAUCGCAGCUUUGAGGCUGAGUUUCUGGCCAAUACCCAGCAGGUUAGAGAGAAUUUUACUGGUAAGGUUGUAGGAAGAGAAAGCCUACAGGCACUCACUGAGCCUGCUGUGUCUGAUUCUGCUUCCUCUUCCUCUAACUCCUCCACCUCUUCCCUUAAUGUGGGUUUAAAGGUCAGGACUCUACCUGACCUCAAGGAAUCCAAGAGGACUAACCCUCGGCAUUUCCCACCGGAGGACCCUUUAAAUAUACUUUAUGGACAAACAGUCGGAGAACCAGGUGGUUUGAGUCAUGCAGAGCAUGAACACUGGGCGGAGCACAAAGGGGGUCUCAAGAAGCUCCCAGCAAUUGGUAGCUCAGUAAAGGAAAGGGAAGCUCCUUCUAGUCUGCCUGACCUUAGGAUGACUCGUUCUGAUGAGCUAAUGAAUCACAUCCCAUCUCAGCCUGCAAUGGAUAGCAGAAAUAUGAAUGGAGAACAUGGGUGUUUUCCAACAGGUGGGCUCUCAAGUCAACCUCCUGCUCUUGGUUUGGGCUCCAUGACAGAGCAUGAUCUUCCCCUAGAAAAUCACCAGCCAAAUCUACUUUAUGACCUUGAAAAUUAUGACAGUAGUGACAACCUGCCACCUUCAGGGGGUCGUCGAGGCUCUGUACCCCUUGCCCCCUCUGAGGAUUGCUCCUUCCAGGAUUCUUCAAGUGAAAACUCCUCUAUGUCCUUCAGUUUGAGUGAAUCCCGCUCGGGGUCUCCUUCGCCAUCAUUAAAGAUAACUAACGGGGAGAACGGGCAAAGCCAUGAAGUCCUUAUCUCUGAGCACAAACUAGGUGUAAAGUCAAGGCCUCCAGCUGACAAUAGGCUGCAGAAGACCACCUCACGAAUCCCUACACCUGUCAGACACAAAAAAAUUCACACUAAUAAAACUCUUUCACCCUGCAACACACCACCAAUGUCUCGUAAGAGUUCCAACCCUGCUUCAUGCAAGAACUUCUCAGAAAUGAUCCAUCCUCCAACUCACCCCUCAUCCAUAGGCAACAAAGACUGCUCCUACCCUGCACAGGGGAGCCUAGACACUGAAGCUAUAGCACAAAACUGAUUGUUGCAGAAGACUGUUUAACUACCGUUUAGUAACAAAGCUAAGCUUGGGCUAGAAAUAGUUGUCUUUCCAUAUUUAACGAAAAUGUUCAUUCAUCUUUUCCUAAAGAUGCACCAAUAAGAUAUGUGUGUUCCAAUGAGCUUUGGAUUUUGUAAAAACUUUGAUUUGGUCAUUGAAAGCAAAGAGUUCUAUACUGUCUUUAGUAUCUUAGACAGAAAACAUCUAACACUAAGCCACUUUGCUGCUGGCUGGGUAACCUCCCUGGUAUCCCGUCUUGAUUAGUUUUGGUUUCCUUCAUUUUGCUUAAACAUCCUAAAGGCAGGUUAAGUUUAACAUCCAGUUGCAGGUUUUGUUUUGUACUUUUUGAACUAAAGUGUUGCAGUUUAGCCAAACUUUUAAUUUUUUGUUUUGUUUUUUAGCUCUCAGUAGCAGGUCAAGCUAAAAACAUUGUUAUUGUCACCAACCUAUUAGUAGGUGCAUCUCUAGCAUUUCCCUGUAUGGGUUUAUUUUGCAUUUUUUUAGCACUCAAGCCAAAUUUUUUAUCACCAAAGGAAUGAUUUUUAUUUUCAUUGGAACAUUGUUUGUAUUGGGUUGUUUUUGCCAAUCAAAUCGUCCCCCCCCUACCAACAACAUACACUCUCACAGUUGAUAUCCAGAGAUAGGAAGAGCAUAUUUGCUGCCAUGUGCCUCAUCAUGGGGCAUGGUAAAGUGCCAGGUAUUUGAAGCUUCAUCUUAAUAAAACUACACUAAUACUAUGGUCAAAUGAACUAUUUUCUUUUGCAGUUCACUUUGGUAGU